UUGACAUUAGUGCUCAAUAGCUAGGUGAUAACCUAUGCCGGAUUUGGGGUUGCAGGUAACUAAGCCCUUGAUAGCAAUCUGUCAAGUGUCAAUAUUCUCAGUUUAGCGACUAAGCUUCAAACAUGGCUGUACGAGGCAGCAUCGUUCUGCUACUUCUUGGCAUUUUUUGCUAUCUUCCUUCCUCUUCAAGAUGCCAAGGAACCAAUACAAACGAGACACAGGCAAUACAAUGGCUGGCAGAGUACAACGAGCUGGCUAUGAAGGCUUAUUUCGAGAGUACUGUCGCAAGUUGGAGCUACCAGACAGACAUUACUGAUCAGAAUGAGCAAGCUAUGAUUGAUGCCAACGUGAAGGUGGCCGCCUUUGCUAAGGAAGCCAGAACCAACGCCUCUCUCUUUGAUAUGACCAACUUCAGUUAUGACACCAAGAGGCAACUGUCCAAACUGAAGACCAUUGGAGAUGCAGCCAUAGAAGACCAAGACAAACUGGAAGAGCUCAACAAUGUGCUAGCCGGGAUGGAGUCCAGAUAUUCCAAGGGUAAGGUGUGUCCAGAGGACGGAGAAUGUCUUUCACUGGAGCCUGGACUGACGCGCAUCAUGUCGAAGUCACGAAACUACGCUGAAUUGAACUGGGCGUGGCAGGGCUGGCGGGAGGCGGUAGGACCGUCUGCAAAGGAAGACUACAAAAGAUACGUGGAACUGAAGAAUAUAGCAUCCGUUGCUAAUGGAUAUGCCAACAAUGGCGACUACUGGAAGUCUUGGUAUGAGGUUGAUGACUUCACCGACCAGCUUGAAAACCUUUACCAGGAGCUGAGCCCGUUAUACGACAACCUUCACGCUUACGUCCGUAGAAAACUGUACGACAUCUACGGAUCUGACUACAUCAGUCUCAAGGGGCCCAUUCCGGCACAUAUUCUUGGUAACAUGUGGUCACAGUCUUGGCUGAAUAUUCUUGAUCUUGUUUUACCAUACAAGGAUGCUUCAAGUAUUGACGUCACUCCGGUGCUGGUGCGUGAGGGAUAUGAUGCCAGGAGAAUGUUCAACGUUUCUGAUGAAUUCUUCGGGUCACUCGGGUUGAAGAAAAUGACUCCCGAAUUCUGGGCGGAGUCAAUGAUUGAGAAGCCGGAUGAUAGGGAGGUGGUCUGCCACGCCUCUGCUUGGGACUUCUCUAACCAAAUUGACUUCAGAAUCAAGCAGUGCACCGAUAUCACCAUGGACGACUUCAUCACCAUCCAUCAUGAGAUGGGACACAUUGAGUACUAUCUCCAGUAUAAGGAUCUCCCAGUGGUGUACCGUGGGGGCGCUAAUCCAGGUUUCCAUGAGGCCGUUGGAGACACGUUAGCCCUGUCUGUGUCUACUCCUAAACACUUGAAGGCGGUGGGUCUGCUGGAUGAAGUACAGGACGACUACGAGGCGGACAUUAAUUUCCUGAUGAGUAUGGCGCUGGAUAAGAUCGCAUUCCUACCUUUUGGUUACCUGAUGGACAAGUGGCGUUGGGCGGUGUUUGAUGGAACCAUUACCCCAGAGAACUUCAAUGCUGAAUGGUGGAAACUAAGAACCCAGUACCAGGGUAUCGUUCCACCCACACCACGCACAGAGGCUAACUUUGACCCGGCAGCGAAAUACCACAUCCCAUCGGACACGCCCUACAUCAGAUAUUUUGUGAGUCACAUUCUUCAGUUCCAGUUCCACAAAGCGAUGUGUGAGGCUGCAGGUCACACGGGUGAUUUACUGAAGUGUGAUGUGUAUAAUAGUCAGGAGGCUGGAAAAUUGCUCGGUGAUAUGCUGAAAAUGGGGGAGAGCAAAGAGUGGCCCGAAGCCCUGGAGAAGAUCACGGGUAACCGUACGAUGACUGCACAACCCCUGCUUGACUACUUCCAGCCGCUCAUCUCCUGGCUGGAAGAACAGAACAGUGGGGAACAGUUAGGGUGGGCUGAGGCCUGGACACCGAACGAACCUCCCGUCUGGCCUAGUAGCGCCAUAUCCGCACAUCAGACGUCAGUCUGGGCAUCGGUGGUGCUCGCGUCACUGGUAAUCUUCUUCAAGCCAUAGAGAGUUCAGUAAAUUUACUGCUCCAUCA